GGAGAUCUUAGCACGCCUCUGGCCCGUUGGGCCGGCGAAUUUCUGUGCCCCAGGGCCCGUUCAAAGGAGUUGGCCACCGCGCAGUGGGGGGCGGUAAACGACGGGGCAGCGAGGGCUCCAGAAAAGGGCGCCUUGACGGGUUGCUGUGAGCCCCAGGAGGCCCUUUAGGGCCCCAGAGGGGGCUUUCAGGGCCUGCAGGGUAGACCUUUCCCCCCCCCAUCAUCGGCCCCCAAUUACGCGACGCCCAAAGGAGGCUCGACAUGCGGAUCCCCGAGCCUCGCGUGCGCAGCCGCAUGUCAUGCCAGCUCGCGGCCGGUGCCUUCGCGGCGCCCGAGUUGUUCCCGCGGGUGGAGCAGGCCAGCGGCAAGGCAGUUGGCAACCAGACGAGCGACAUCGAGUCCACUUCCGUCCUCUCCGUGGAGUCCUCGAUGCUUCCCAGGGCCUGCCUUGGGCUCCACGGGACCAGUGCUAUGGUCGGUGAGGCCGAGCGGCCCCCCUGCACCUUGCUUGGGCACAAUCGUCGCAGCGGCGAGGACCGCAAGGAGGAUCUGACGAGUCCUGGCCAGGGCAUCUCCCGCAGGCCGCCCGUCUUCGACGAGCGUGAGAGGAUCCCGUGCCCCCCUGGCCCCAGCCAGUUCGGCCGCGAGCCGGCUAGGCCCACGCUACCCGGAGAGGGGGCGCCAGGCUCGCCGCCGCCACGCCACUAGGUCGCUGUCGGCGAUGGGUGGGAGGCGCCUGGCCUCCAGCAGCUGAGGCCGUUUUUUUGCGACAGGCGCAGACGGGGCCAGACGAAGACACGGCGGGAGUCGAAGAAGAAAGAAACGCUCUCGACAUCUACUUUUUGGCGCUCCGCGCGGAUUUCUUGGAUCCGCGCUGGCCCCGCCCCCGGCGGCGCCUCCGGCACCGCCUCUGGCGCCCUCCACGCGCCAGAGGGGGGCGGGGGCCCAGCACAGGAUCCGAGAAAUCGGAGGGCGCCCGCACUAGGCGCGGCCCCCGUGCGCUCAAGGGAGCGCCGCGGCGGCCUCUGCGACGCGGCGCCGCGGCCAGCCAGCACGUCUGCGCCCACUCCGCCGCCGGGCGACGCCGAUGCCGGCCGCCACAGGAGCGAAAGAAGGACGUACAUGUACAUGAAUCCACGCUGGUUUCGUAUAACGCGGCCGGUCUCGCGGAUCGAGGGGCCGUGUUCAUGUACAUAGUUUGGCGCGUACGUCCUUUGUGGGCUCCCUAUGGAGGGGCAGCCGAGGCCCGGCUUCUUGAGCAGCGGGGUGCAGUCGAGGUUGAAAGUGGCAGGGCUCGAGAGGACUGCCCCGCUCCAGUUGUGCGGUUUGCUCACCGUUCUCCUCCAGCAGCGUUCCGAAGAGUCCGGCAACGAUUUCUUUGCAUAUUCCAGCAAGAACACGCUGUUUUUCAGUUGGGUAGCAUCCUCUAGGCCAACGUUGGCGUGGGCGGAGGCAUCCAGCGUGGCGCCCGCACCGAGGCAGCCCUCGACUCCCAGGAUGGCCCGCGGGCGCCCCCGCGGAAUGGGCCACGGCGGGGCCGUGCCGGGCCGGGGCGACCUCGGUCCCAAUGCAGAUCCGCAGGCCUGCCAGGCAGAGCCGGGCGACGACGAGGCCAGCGCUGGGCUUGAGCAGCCAGCCGGCGCCCAGAGCGCCUCCCGCCGGCUCGGCCUGGCCGCCUCCGCGGUGUGCCUCGCGGGGGCGGGCGCCGUGCUCUUGGUGGCGCAGGUGAAGGGGCGCCCCGCGACGCUGCGCACGGAGGCUGGCGCCCUCGUCCUGGCCGAGGACGGCGCAGAAGGCGAGGGGUGCUACACGGCGCACGAGGGCGACGACUGCUUCGAGAACGUCAGGUGGCACAUGCGGGACCUGAAGAACCACCCCAAGUGGUACGGAGACCUGAACCUGGCGUCCACCUUUGAGGACUUCCAGACCUGGGUCCACAGCGGCAGCCCGACCACCUGCCCCAGGCCCUGUGGCAAGGGCGCCGCCCCGCAGCAGGACAAGAAGCCGGCGGCGGCGGCCAGGGCGGCUGGAACCACGGAGCAGCCCGAGGAGCUCCCGGCCGAGCCCCUGGAGGACGACGACGAGGCAGGCGAGGAGGACGAGCAGGACGAGCCUGCCCGGGACGCGGCGGCAGAGGCGGGCGCCGCCGCCGCGGAGGAACCCAGGGGAGGCAGACGCCAGCGUCGAGCCGCAGAGCGGGGCCGAGCAGGGGCUGGCAACGCGCACAGCGGGUUUCACCGGGUCUCCGACCGUGCUUUCUUUCGGCGACUUGGAUCCGUCACGUGA